UCCCUACAAGAAACUUUUCUCUCAGUAUCAAAUUUGUGUUUAACAAAAAAGACAAAACAUUAUCAAAAAAUAGAACAGCAGACUUCACUAUUUAAUUACUUUAUGAUAAUGUUUUUGUCUUUUUUGUUAAACACAAAUUUGAUACUGAGAGAAAAAGUUUCUUGUAGGGAAGUCUCUUCUCAGCAGAUUUCUUCUCAAGAUUUUAGUCAAACAUGGAACUUUUUUUAAUCAAACAUGGAACGAAACUGUUGUUCUAAGAGUAAACUUCAAACAAAUAUCUACACUUUCCUACUUCGAACGAAGUAUAUUUUUUGUAAUACUCUAAACUAACAAUAUUUUCUAUGUUUAGUGUUUAGUGAAUUACAAUAAUUUUUUGUGUUUUUAUUAUGUUGAAUGCAUUUUAAUUUAUUUAAUAAAAUAUUAUGUGUUCAAAUUUUAAUUAAUAUUUAGUUAAGAAAUAACUAUUUAGUUAUAUAAUUUUUUUUUCCAUUUUCAUGAAAGGAUGAGACUAAAAUUUAGGUACAAUGUCGUCAAAAAAAAAUUAGUUACAAAAGAAAGUUUACUUAGCUGUGCAAUUUUUAUCUCUCAAUAUACUCUAGAGUUAUUUACUUAACUAUGAAAUUAAAAAAUGAGGAAAUCCUACAAAUAACUUUUAUAAAUAUAUAAAAUUUAAAUUUUUUAAAAAAAUUAUACCCAAAGAGAAUAUCACAAUUUAUAUUUAUUAUGACAAAAAUAAAUAUUUAAUAAUCUUCUUAAUAAAUAUCGUUGAACUAGCUUUUAUAAAUUAGUAAAAAAUUGAAUACGUUUGAAUAUAAUUUUUUAUUAAGUCAAAGGAAUUUUGAUUUAAUGAAUUUUACAAAAUGUUAGACUAAUGUAUUUGCCUAUUUGGACUCUUAAGAUAAUAAAUUUUGGCGAAAAAAAUUAAUUUUGAAGACUAAGCAAACUUUGUGUUCAACCGAUCUUUUCUUAUAAAUAGACACCGUUCCCUUAGUAUAAAACACAUCUUUAACGCAACACAACAUCAUCUAGCAAAAGUUGUUUAGAUCUUCUUCAAGGUAAGUGUCUUGAAAGUAUAUAGUUAUUGACAAGUUUGUGAAUUUUUUUCCAAUUAUUGUAAAAUGUUCACAACAAUUAACGAUGUUAGCUCUUGAUAUAAGUUAAGAAAAAGAGAAAGAAAAUCUCAGUUUUGUGUGUUCUUCUAUUUCUUUAAUGAUAUGUCAAAUCGUUCUAUAUUAUCGUUUUUAACUAUUCAUAUUAUGUGAUGUUCAAUGAAAAUUUCAUUUGAUCCACGUAUAAUGAAUGAAAUUAUUAAGUUAUGAACAUUUAUGAUUAAUAUAAAAUUAUAUUUGAAGAACAUUUAUGUUUAUAUCUGAAAAUUUACUAUGCAUAUUUUUAUAAAAUUUGAUAACCUAUUAAUUUAAUUUUAUGGGCUUUUAUUUAUCAGCUAUAAUAUACUAGUAUGUCAUUAAUUGGUUUCUUUUGAGUUUUUUACCCAAAAAAAUAAAUUUUAGUUGAACAAGUCUUCUUUUUCAAUACUUGAGACAAAACAUCAGAAAUCUAGAAAAUUAUUUCACAGUAGUAAGAAGAAAUUGGAAAGAAAAAAAAAGGAAACACUGCAUAUUAAUAUAGAAUAAAUUCAUACAAGAGUAUUUUAUAGAAAGAGAAAUUUGAAUUGUCAUAGACUUCUGAGUUUCUAUAAGCAUAGUAAUAAAGUAAAAUGAGACAGAGAAAGGAAAGAAAAUUUUAAUUAUGUAAUGAGAGUAAAUGCCGUGGAAGACUAAACAUCACAACAUCGUACACAAUUGGCAUAUGAUAUAACGCAUCACGUGAUUAUGAAUUAAAAUUAAUUAGGUUUUGCUAUUAAUUCGCAUAAUUACGGCUAGAAAGUUAUAACUGAAAUGCAUUAAUGUAGUUUAGUGGCCUUAACGGUUCCUCAAUAACAUUUCGUUUAAAAAAAAAAAAAAUCCAAACUCACAAAUUAAUCAAACGGUCUUUUUCUUUUCAGUGACAUCUCUUGUUCUCCGAGCCCUAAGCAAAUACUCCUACGAGAAGAAGAAGAUCAUCAUCACAGGAAGAUUAUCGAAAUGAGAUCCCUUUCCGAUAAGAAAAAAAGGGUCUCUGCUGUAAGAGAUUUUCCAUAUGGAUGUGGGACUCGUUCUGUUCAGAAUCAGAGAAGCGUGAAUGGUCGUGAGGUUGUUCAAGCCGCACAUGAACCGAGUGGUGUUGCUUACCACCACAGGCCUGCUUGUCCUGUUAAUGAAGCUGAUUCGUUGGAUGAGAUUAUGAAGAAAGCUGGCUUCAAUGUCCCAGCUAGGAGUGUUGUUGACAGAGGAAGAUCUGUUUCGUCUUACAGUAAAUCUUGUGGAAGCAAGGUUAAGCCUUUAAGUUCCGAGGAAGCUUCCAGGCUAAUUGCUUCUCAGAGUAGAAGGAGACAACUUUCACACUCACAUUCACAUUCAUCCACUAUGGAAAAACAGAGAAGCUCACCUGAGAAUGGUAAUGCAACUGCGCUAAGGGCAAAAAGUCAAAGACUUGGUAUCAACCCUGUUACGAGACAAAACCAGAUAACCAAAGCUCUUACCCCACGCGAGAAAGUUCAAAAGGUGUUGCGUAUAUUCAAACUGGUGUUUAAAGCGCUGAACAAAGACAAACCAGGGCGGCAUUACGAAGCACGAGCCAUCCUAAUGAACCAUGAGAUGCAUGUGAACGAUAAGAAGAUGAUAGGACGGGUCCCAGGAAUCGAAAUCGGAGAUAAGUUCCAGUACAAGUCAGAACUCAACUUGAUCGGUCUCCAUUUCUACAUCAGAGGCGGCAUUGACUACAUAACCAGAAAAGGAGGCUUGAAGCUAGCUACGAGCAUCAUUUCGUCGGAAGGGAAUGGCUACACGGAUAGGUUUAACUCCGAUGUGAUGAUUUACUCAGGCCAGGGAGGUAACUUGACGAGCAAGGAUCAGACGGUGGUCAAAGAUCAGAAGCUUGAAACGGGGAACUUGGCUUUGGCUAAUAGCGUGGAGGCAAAGAAUCCGGUGAGAGUGAUACGUGGCGUAAAGGACUCGAGAGGAAAGUGUUAUGUUUAUGAUGGGUUGUACUUGGUUCAGGAGUAUUGGCGAGAGAAGGGACGUGGAGGUAGUGUUGUGUUCAGGUUCAAGCUUUGUAGAGUUCCUGGUCAAGAUUCAACUAACUUGAGAUAUCAUUAGUGUGAGGAGAGAUAGUAUCAGACUGAUUUUUAGAAAAGAAACUUUGCUUGGCAAAAAGCUAUAGCCUAUAGCUAAUCAUAACAUAACAGUAGGUUUGGAAUCUUUUGCUUUCAUGUCAGAUAUGCUUCUGUUACUUUUGCGUUGAUGCUUCUGUGUUCUGUUUAUGUACAAAGUUAUUAAUAAUGCUACCUUACUGCCAAUUCCUUGCUUGGGUUGGUAAGAGCUGAAAGCAGCCUUAAUAAAAGUAGUUCAUUGUGUGAGUCACUCUCAUUUACUGUCUCCAACUACCAUUGAGAAAGUAAAAGAAAAACACUUAUCAAAUUCUGUAUAUUUAAUAGAAUUAAAAAAAAAAAGCUAUCAUCAGAUUCUAUACAGAAAUGUAUUACAAUUUCAAGAUCUUAUGUAUGUGUGUAUUUACACAAAAACAAAAACAAAACCAACUAAAGAUGCUGUGUUUCUCACAUUAGAUGUCAUUAUCCUAAAAUCUACCAACUGCAUGUGUCCGAACGGUUGUUCUCCAUACUACCGACCCUAUUGGGCAUUUUAAGUUGGAUCUUAUGUACCAACCAAAUCAAAUUUAUAACAUAACUUGGGACCAACAAUGAAGUAGCGAAAGAGUAAAGUCGAAUCACGAAAAUUUCUGCUGUUGUAAAAAAAUGUACAUCCAAAAUAACUGACAAAGAAGCAAACUUUUUGAUGGACAAAACAAACUAAAACAGAUCAUAGAGAGAAAAGACUGAGAGAGGGAUAUGGAGAGAUUUAGCUUUGAUAUUGAGAGUUAACAGAGUAGAA